AUGCCUGACACUUCACCUCUCAACCACGCUGCGGGCUUCGGCUUGCGUGAAGGGAAGGGCUACCUCCUUGACUCCGGCCAUGCAGGGAGCCAACGCCUCAACUACCAAUAUCUCAUUUGGAAGCAAUGUCUUGGCUACAGUCUGCACCCCGUCAUCCGAGACGCAGUGGGAGACCACCCGCGCAUCGCCGACAUUACCGCAGGAACAGGCCUUUGGCUUCUUGACACAGCGCACGAGUUCCCCAAUGCUAUCCUUGAUGGGAUCGACAUCAACCUCGACCGUCUCCCACCACCCGGCUGGCGCCCCAGUAACAUCCACCGCCUUUACGACUGGGAUAUCUUCGACGAGGUCCCAAGCGAGCUCGAGGAGCGGUAUGAUGUGAUUCACCUACGUCUCCUCCUCCUUACCAUCUCGAAUAGAGACCCGGGACCCGUUAUCAAGAACGUAAUCAAGCUGCUUAAGCCCGGGGGAUGGAUCCAGUGGGACGAUCUGAGUACCGCGCACACGUAUGUUGAAAAGACGGAUGAGAAGCUGAACACUGUGUCACUUGACAAGAUCAGGGAGUUUGUGCACUCAGAGGGCCGCCAUGACUGGGUAUUUGAUCUCCCUUUGCAUCUGCUCAGACAUGGGUUUGAGGAGAGCCAAAUGACCUUCUAUCAUGGACGGCCGGACUUGAUUUGCCACGACACAGAGAUUCAUUUGAUGACCAUCAAGGAGUUUAAUGGGCAAAUGAAGACUGAGGGACGGGAGAAGGAGGCAAAGCAUCUCGAUGAGCUUAUUGAAGAGGCAUAUGCGGAGGCUCAGCGCGGUGCUGGGGUUACGACCCCGAGGGUUGUGUGUAUUGCCAGGAAGCGGCCAGUUCCGUACGCUGUGCGCGAGGCGCUUUCUUUUUCUUGA